GAAACCAUUUCACGUGCUUCCGCUUUUUGUGCAAACGUAGUACGUACAAGAAGCGAGUUGAUUGCCGAUUUCGUCAACAGUUCAUUAGAAAUUAAUCAUAACUUGACAAGUUUCAAACUCAAGAGCAAUGGAAUCGUUACAAUCAGGAAACCUAAGCAUGAGUCAAAAAGACGAAAUCAUGGAGCAAGUUAAGCAACAAAUAGCUGUUGCCAACGCCCAGGAGCUACUGACGAAAAUGACAGAAAAAUGUUUCAAAAAAUGCGUCCUGAAACCCGGUACCUCGCUAGAUAGCUCCGAACAGAAAUGCGUAGCAAUGUGUAUGGACCGAUAUAUGGAUGCCUGGAAUCUAGUAUCUCAGGCAUACAGUAGCCGGCUGCAGAGAGAACGCAACAGAAUGUAAAUAUAGUUAGAUGAUUGAUUAUUUGAAUGAACUAUUUUUUGGUGUAACACCACGUAGUUCACUAGUCCAUGUCGACAACUUAAUAAGCACAUUCAAGUAUAUUGAUAAAUAGAUGAAAAGGAUGAAAAGCUACACUCAAAUGAUUGUUUUUGUCAACAUAAUUGAAUUUGCGCAGAGUACGUUACAAAUUGUUGUUUGUUUACAUGGGAUCCUAAUAAUGUAUACCUCAAUCUGUGUAAAUACAUUUUUUAUUUGAA